AGUAAUAUUUAAAUCAAUUUUUUACAUUCGAUUUAAAUAUUCGAUGAGAGAAUAAUAAAUUAUAAAUGUAUUGUGCAUUAUUGAAUCUAUAUCGGUAAAAUUAAUUUUCCAUGACGUGUAUGCAAUUUAAUAUUUUGGUAUAUUUUGGGGUUUGUUUGAUGCCAGUUUAUAAUUUAGUGGCUAGUUUAUAUAAUCCAUGAUAAGUUAUUAUCUGUAAUACGAUAUUAAAAACGUUAUUAUGACUUUCUCUCGUAUCGACGCCACUUUAAACAUUAGAUACUAUACAUUUUAUUUCCUUAAUCCCAUUUCCCUACAAACCGAAUAUAAUCUGUACGUCCGUAUUUUUUCCGGCUGUGUACGAUAGUUUAAGAAUACGUUUUUUCGAUUCACCAGUGCGGUACAGAUAACUGAGAUAAGCUUGCUGGAUAAAAGAGGAGAAAAUUCGUUCUCGACUUCCAAUCGAUGCAAUGAAAGAUUGCUUUGGAUCUAACAUAAUAAUAUAAAUUAUAGUAUUAAUAAUAUUCUGCAAGUUAUUUUAGCCAUUUGUCGUUCAUUUUUUGUAAAAAAACUUCAAUAGAAAAGAGUGACUGAAAAUAAUAACUAUUUUAAAACUUAUAAAUUAAAUAUUUACCCAUGGUCUAGAUCUGGAUAAUAUAUCACAUACAUUAGAUUUACAUACAAAAUAUUAAUGUUUCAUUAGGUAUUUAAAAGUUUUUGCGAAAUUUCAUUAUUAUCUCCAAGUAGGUAAUUUUGAGGGUAGUCUGCAAGUGACCUUUCUGUUGAAAAUCUUAGGACUUCAGCCAAUCAGCCAUCACUGAUUUGAUAAUAUUUGUGCAUAGUAAUGUGUAACUUGUCGAUAUGACAUUGAUAUGUAUCAAUGUACCUAUAUUAGCCAGAGUAUUGUACCUACAUAUUAUACUAUAGAGUAUCGUACAUAAUAAUAUACUGUAGAGUGCUUUGGCGAUGCAUGCGGCGGUUUGUACAUUCAAAAAAAUCAAUCGUCGACCACUGACUUCAGCGUAGGUACAACAGCAGGCAGCAGCUGGUAUCUGAGUGCAGUUACCAACGGCAACACCGGGCACCGGUAACCAAAACAGUGGUUAUCGGGUGUAAAGCGUGUAUAAAGUGUGCACCUACUGAGUGUAGUAUUAUGGCCUUUGCGUACGUUGAUACAUAUUCGUAUCCAUAAUAUUAACCCUCGGUCGAAACAAAUACUAGUCAUAUUGCAUUAUAUUUGCCUCCAAAUUGCUGUGAAACACAAUGUACGACGAAGAGAUCGACGUAAAGGACGCCGAGGAUGUCGACAGUGAGUCGUCGGAUAGCAGCAUCGACAACGACAGCAGUAGAGAUCUGAGGACGCCCAGUGCUAAGCAGCGAAAACUUUUGAUGUCCAGUGGUUCAGGUCGAAGGUCCAGGUCCAGGUUACGAGCUGUGGAUUACGAAGAAGUAGAUGCGGCCGUAAAAGAAGAUCCGGACAGUUUUGACGUGCACGAAGCUCAGAGGGAUUACAAUAAAGACGUCGAUCUUUUACACUUAUCCCAAGAUAUUAAAGACGUGUUCAAAUACAUAUCAAUGUACUACCCCCAGAAGGCAAAACUCGAGUUCAGGUUGCAGCCGUUCAUACCGGAUUACUUGCCUGCCGUUGGUGAUGCCGAUGCUUUUAUCAAAGUGAUUGCACCCGAUCCUUCCAUACAGGCGGGCCUCGGUCUGGAGUACUUGGACGAGCCAUGUCUUAACCAAAGCGACCCGUGUCUGCUCAACUUACAGCUUCGGGCGUCGUGUUCGUCUUCGUCCAAGUCGCUGGUGGUGAAAAAAUUGGAAAGUGCAGAAAAAAAUCCAAAAGUCAUCGAACAGUGGAUACGUGACAUAAAUGAAUUGAACCGCGGAAAGACAUCCGCAUUUUUUUAUUCCAAAAAAAUGCCUGACGUAGAAACAAUAAUGGAGCCGUGGAUGGACGGUGGCGAUCAGAAGAGCAGAGACAUGCCGGAUUUCGAAAAUUCAGAUUUGUUGACUCUUAUUGAUGAAGUCUGUGAUUACUUCGGGAUCCCGAAGACUGACACAAAAGUUGAGUCUCUGCACCUGUUGUUUUCCGUAUACGUGGCUAUCAAGAACUCUCGAGCUCAAAACACAACUGUUCUAGCUUCGGACAAGAGCAGUUAAUCGCAUUACUCCCAUACACAAAAGUUCUAUUUACUGUAUUAAUAUACGACGUUGUCGUUUUGUGUGUAUAAAGUGUACCGUGUAUAUAUAUAUUCAUUAUGUACUUUAUAUUUUGUGUGUAUAAUUAAAAAGCAAUAUAUUAUAAAUAUAACAAUCGGGUAUGUUUUUAAUAGGGGCAUGCACU